AGAGCGAGAGAGCGGCGCGGAGGUUGAGUGAGGCCCCGAGAGAUAAAACUGGAGGGCAGAAAUUAUUAGGGGGUGCGGGACGAGAGGAGGGGCCAGGAGAGCGAGUCCACGGCGAGAGAGGCAAGCGAGUGUGCACCGAGUGUGCAAGGGCGGGAGGGAGGAGAGGGAGCCAGUGGUGGCCCGGCUCGCGCCUACUCGGGCCCAGCGGCGGGCGGACAGCAUGCCGAGCCUCCUCAUCUGGAUCCUCACUCUCUCCGACACUUUCUCUCAAGCAGGGCUUUAGGAAUGCCUCUGGAGAGCUAUAGCACAUGUCUAAUGAACUGCCAAUCAAGCCUGCUCCCCAAGAAGCCCAGGUUUCUGAAUUAGAAGAUGUGGGCUCCACGCUUAGCCAUUGUUUAUCUUAUCUCUUUGACUUUGGUUUUGGCUUUACCUGGGACCCAGACUCGCUUCAGCCAGGAGCCAGCUGAUCAGACUGUGGUGGCUGGACAGCGGGCUGUGCUGCCAUGUGUGCUCCUCAACUACUCUGGGAUCGUACAAUGGACCAAGGACGGGCUGGCUCUUGGCAUGGGCCAGGGCCUCAAAGCCUGGCCACGGUACCGGGUCGUGGGCUCUGCAGAUGCUGGUCAAUACAACUUGGAGAUCACCGAUGCCGAACUCUCUGACGAUGCUUCCUAUGAGUGCCAGGCCACAGAGGCUGCACUGCGUUCCCGGCGGGCCAAACUCACCGUGCUCAUUCCUCCAGAGGACACAAGGAUUGAUGGCGGCCCUGUGAUUCUGCUGCAAGCAGGCACCCCCCACAACCUCACAUGCCGAGCCUUUAAUGCCAAGCCUGCUGCCAACAUCAUUUGGUUCCGUGAUGGAACACAACAGGAGGGGGCUGUGGCUACCACGGAACUGCUGAAGGAUGGGAAAAGGGAGACUACAAUCAGCCAGCUGCUCAUUCACCCCACAGACCUAGACAUCGGUCGCGUGUUCACCUGUCGCAGCAUGAAUGAGGCCAUCCCCAAUGGCAAGGAGACAUCCAUUGAGCUCGAUGUACACCAUCCUCCUACAGUGACUCUGUCCAUUGAACCCCAGACAGUGCAGGAGGGCGAGCGAGUCAUCUUUACAUGCCAGGCCACAGCCAACCCUGAGAUCCUGGGCUACAGGUGGGCCAAAGGAGGGUUCUUGAUUGAAGAUGCCCAUGAGAGUCGUUAUGAGACAAACGUUGAUUAUUCCUUCUUCACGGAGCCUGUGUCUUGUGAGGUCUACAACAAAGUGGGGAACACCAAUGUCAGCACUUUGGUGAAUGUUCACUUUGCCCCCCGGAUUGUAGUUGACCCAAAGCCCACAACCACAGACAUUGGCUCUGAUGUGACCCUCACCUGUGUCUGGGUUGGGAACCCCCCACUCACCCUCACCUGGACCAAGAAGGACUCAAACAUGGUCCUGAGUAACAGCAAUCAGCUGUUGCUGAAGUCAGUGACCCAGGCAGAUGCCGGCACCUAUACCUGUCGGGCCAUUGUGCCUCGAAUAGGAGUGGCUGAGCGAGAGGUACCACUUUAUGUAAAUGGACCCCCUAUUAUCUCCAGUGAGGCGGUGCAGUUUGCUGUGAGAGGUGACGGCGGCAAGGUGGAGUGCUUCAUUGGGAGUACCCCACCUCCGGAUCGAAUUGCUUGGGCAUGGAAGGAGAACUUUCUAGAGGUGGGGACACUGGAGCGCUACACUGUGGAGAGAACUAACUCAGGAAGUGGUGUGCUGUCCACACUCACCAUCAACAAUGUCAUGGAGGCUGACUUCCAGACCCACUACAACUGUACUGCUUGGAACAGCUUCGGGCCAGGCACUGCCAUCAUCCAGCUGGAAGAAAGAGAGGUAUUACCUGUGGGCAUCAUUGCUGGAGCCACCAUUGGUGUAGGCAUCCUGGUCAUCUUCUUCUUUGUUGCCUUAGUGUUCUUCCUUUACCGACGUCGCAAAGGCAGUCGAAAGGAUGUGACCUUGAGGAAGCUAGACAUCAAGGUAGAGACGGUGAAUCGGGAGCCACUCACGAUGCAUUCUGACCGGGAAGAUGAUGCUGCCAGCAUUUCCACAGCAACUCGGGUCAUGAAGGCCAUCUACUCGUCCUUUAAGGAUGAUGUGGAUCUGAAGCAGGACCUGCGCUGUGACACCAUCGAUACACGGGAAGAGUAUGAGAUGAAGGAUCCUACCAAUGGUUAUUACAAUGUGCGUGCCCACGAAGAUCGCCCGUCCUCCAGGGCAGUGCUGUAUGCGGACUACCGUGCCCCUGGCCCUACACGUUUUGAUGGCCGCCCGUCAUCUCGCCUCUCCCACUCCAGUGGCUAUGCCCAACUCAAUACGUAUAGCCGGGCCCCUGCCUCUGACUAUGGCACAGAGCCCUCACCCUCUGGCCCUUCUGCUCCAGGUGGCACGGAUACAACCAGCCAGCUGUCCUACGAGAACUAUGAGAAAUUCAACUCCCAUCCUUUCCCCGGGGCAGCCGGGUAUCCUACCUACCGUCUAGGCUACCCCCAGGCCCCACCCUCUGGCCUGGAGAGGACCCCCUAUGAAGCAUAUGACCCUAUUGGCAAGUAUGCCACAGCCACUCGAUUCUCCUACACCUCUCAGCACUCAGACUAUGGCCAGCGAUUUCAGCAGCGCAUGCAAACUCAUGUGUAGAGGCUGGAGUCUGACUGGGGGUAUCUCUGCGGGGCAGAGGAGAAGGCUUCCCAGUUCUUCCCUGACAUUCAGGGACAUUGCUCAUUGCUCCUUUCUUGGACCUAGCCUUCCUCCUCCUGCUGUCACAAAUAAGGAGCAGGUCUCCCAGUAACACCCGAUUCCAAGGACGGUGCUCUGGGCAUGCCCCAGUCUCCCAGGCCUGCUGAGCUCUUUUUCAGAAGGAUGUCUCUACUGACCUUGACUCAUACCUGACCCAAGCAUGGGCACGGGGAAUUGGAGGUUGGGUGGGAGGAGGAGGGGAUAGGAGAGGAGGAGAAAGGAGAAAAGAGCACAUUAUUUUAGUAUUUCCUUUCUGUCCUGCUCCUCUGAUCACCCGUAAGUGGGCAUGGAGAUAUGCUGAAGUGAGCAGGCUUUGGCCUAGUAGUCCAGACAGCUGCAAUGCAGGGCAGUCCUCUCUUGAUUUCAUUCAUACCUUGUGUUCAUCUUUCCCAUCUCAGGGGAUUGCAGAUGGGACAAUGGGUUCAAAUCCAGCCUUUGGUCAGUUGGGGUCAAAACACCAGUUACUGCGGCUAUUUACUGUGACUGUUUGCGUGCAUAGAGCUCCAGAAAUCCCUAGUAGCACUUCUCCCCUUCUUUUCAGCUUUGUGCUGGUCCAGCAGAUGUGUCCUGGAUGUGAGCAAAGAGUGGUCGGGACCAGGUACUGGUUGACUGGCAAGGGGCCACUGUGUGCUGCAUGGAAGUUCCCAGAUCCAAGAGUAAUGGGAACCACACAAUCUUACUACUUUCAUGUUAUCGACCCCACUUUUUGGUAUUAACUUUUGAGCUUUGGAGGGUAAGGCAGAGGUGUCACGGAUCUUUUUUUUUCAAAGGCAAUAAAAACCCUCAUUUGGAAAGAAAAGCUGUAGGGGUUUCCCCACCAUACACAAGUCCCCAUACAAAGAAAAGGGGCACCUGUCCUCCAGCAGGCUCCUAACACUUUGCAUUAUUCUGAGUCUCCAAGCACUUUGAAUCUUAUUUUUUACAUCCAGUGGUCAGACCUGCCUAGAUGUUAGAGUUAAGCAGUUCUGAACCUCGGACACUACCAUCUACCCUGGGACUCACCCUAGUUAGAGUUCACCUUGCAGGUAGCGUGGUAAAUGCUUUAUCCAGACAAAUUUUGGUUUUGUCUCAUCCUUACCUCACCCCUGGGCCAAUCAGAUUUUUUCCGUUUUCAGUGCCUUGAGUGUCAGGUUUGUGAUGCUGUCCCUGAGUAGAGAGCAGGAACUUGUGAGCUUCAGAUUGUCCUGUGUUAGCAUCCAAGGAGAGAUAGUGAGGGAAUAUGAAGGGAAGGGGGCCUGAAAAUGGCUCUACAAAAUCUUUUUACUGAUCUAGAUGGAGUCCCCAGUGCAGAAGAAUGCUGUAGGCAUUUCGUUCCAUAGCCCAUGUUUUCUCUUCCCUUGCAGCAUACACACAUUCCAUAUCACUUCUCAUCUACCACUUUCUGACCAAAGAGAAUCUGUAACUCCUGUUUCAGCCUUAGUUUCCCAAGAAACCUCUGCCCAUCUGGAGUCUACUGCCAUUCUGGAGUCAACUGUCCACCUUCCUAUUGAGACCUACAAGAUGGAAGGGAACAUUCUCAGAACACUCCUUGCCUUUCACAUUGGUCAGCACUCAUUAGUCAUGUUUACUUUCAUGAGUUACAUGCUCAUCAACCACAGUCCAUCACUAACCUUAUAGAUGGGCCUGUCGGAUGACAUUCUUACUAUCUCCUUUCUGAUAAGGAUUCUUCUGAUAGUAAGGGGCUCCAUUUCCAGCCUGACAGACAGCCUCUGCUUCCUCUUCUAUUCCAAUAAGUACAUCCACACAGAGUGGCCCAUCCACACAGACAGGCUUGUAUUCCAGUUCAGAGUACUCACACUUGUAGAGCCUUUUCAUGAGAAGUCAGCAAAGCAAUGUGUUUACAGAGUAGGUUCUUGUGAAUGUGAAUUCAUGCAAGUUUUUAAAUUUAAUUGACACCUGAAGCUGUGGGUGAUCUGAACACUUUAAAGUCUAAAUAGAGUGGUAUUUUAAACAGCAAUACUCCCUAAAACAAUCAUCUUGUUUGGGGUUUGGCUUGAUUCUCUUAUUUCUCUCUGAUUUAAGCAGUAGAUCCCUCCCAUGGAAGCAAGAGCAUCAAAAGGUCAAGCCCUGCCGGAAAUCUGUGGGUAUCAAGUACCAUACAGGGCACAGGGAGCAGCAAUGGAGACAGACUCAUCUCCUGCCACUCAUAUUCUGCAAGACCCAGUUGAAUGACCAGUGGAAUUGCAUGUCUAGGUAGUUGAAAGCCCCCUUAAUCACGAGACUCUUCCACCUUCCAGUUGGUACCAGCAUAUUUGUACCCUGUUACUUGAUGAUGUUAAGCACCCCAAGUGAGCCAGGAGUCAAGAGAUCCAUGAUCCCAUUCUGCAGCUGCCAUUUGCUCAGUAACCAUGAUCUGACCUCUGUUUUUGUUGCCUCCAAUUUUCUGGUCUUUACCUACAACUAUUCUGUGUUAGCUGUAUUCAUCUGGGGAGGCAGGAUUUGGGAUUGCCCAGCCAUCCAAAGAACUCAGGAAAAGUAAGCAGUCCGGGUGAAGGUUGGGGCAGGGGAGGCCUGCCUGUACCAUAAGCUUCACCCUAACCCUGAGUGAAAUGGACCAACAUGGUUGCUCUCCUCUUAGGUUCAACAGGUUGUUGUGAUCAUGGUAGGGCUCAGUUUCCUCUACUGUGGAUGCAGACUACAGCAGCAGCACAUAGGCUGUAGUGAAUCUGCCUUCCACAUGGUCUCCAGGAAUGGUCAUCUGGAAAUGGUGGCACUCCCUGUUAAUCAAGCUGAAGCCUUGAACUUGAAGUCAGGAGUGAGAGUGGCUAACACCUUCCUGUAGGCUGAAAGGGGAGCUGGUAGAAGAAGGGGUUUAGUGGCUUUAACAAACUCUGCAUAUGCAAAAAGUUCUUGUGGCUCUGGAUAGGCCUCACUCUUUAUAGAGAGCCCAGCCUGAUUAUUGAAUCCUGGGUCUCCCAUAGUCUAACCACAGAAUACACACAAGGCAAAGCCUGCCGUGAGAGAAAGGAACAUAGUCAGGAAAGGCAGCAACGCAUAGCUCACAAAAUGUCUGGAUCAGAAUGAGAAAGAUGAGCUCUGUUCACAUGAUUCUGAGUGAUAGGCUUUCCUCAUGCUGGCAGCUGCUUUCCUCCUAUGUGACAGGAAUUUCUGUCCUGUGGGAGGGAGCACACAGACCUGUGUCUUGACCCUUGUGUUCUGUUCACAUGUGGGUGCUCCUGGGUUCCCUAAGAUGGAAUUGGUGGCCCCUGUAUACUUCACUUGGCCCACUACAUAGCAAUGUUAGGCAAUGGGGGAUAAUAGAAACUCCUGCUAAAGUCAAAGUCUGUUUGGACAUGUGGAGUCUACUGACUCACUCGCUGCCUCAUCCUGCUGUGUGAGAAGUUCUAUCCCUAUGGAUGAAUUACAUGACCUCCCAAGGCCACUGCAGGCCCCAAUAAACUUGGCUUCCCUCCUAUUUUAUUUAUAUGGAAUCUAAGCUAGGCCUGCUCUGCACCUGUAGAGCCAAGGGAGUAGCUGGUAACAUGACACUGAGGUUCACAGACCUCAAGACUCCAUUGGUGAGGCGUUGACUAUUGUGAAAGGACUAUAAAACUAUAAAACUAUUCCCUAAGCAUAGCAUCCCUUUCUCCCUGCUUCUGUCCCAUCUCCUCUGCUAUUUUUCCUUCUCUUGUAAAGGCAGUGCUUUCUGACUAGUGCUGGGUAACCUUUGGCAGCUUGCUGCUGACACCACCCAUGGGCCAGUGGAGAAGACUGAGGCAUGUGGCCUGGCAGAGUAUGGAUUUGAGAGGAAGGUACAGAAUUAUAAUUGUCCUGCAUCAGUGUGGGGGAACCCCAGGGCCCUUUGUCAGAGGAAAAUAAUUGCUGCACAGAAGACAAAGGCUAGACCAGAAACUUUUGGUACAAACCUGCCAUUUACAAUUGUAAUGUUUUGUGUGCAUAGAAUGCCACUUAUUGGUCUCAGUAGACCCCCUCCAUCUUUAACUGUUUACUAUCCCCAAACAUUGGCCUUUGCAAACUGGUUGUCAGGUUCUUCUGUUGGCUUCAGGAGCUGUCCAUGGCCCCUGAGAACAUCAGGACUCUGGGGAGAGAGCAUUCAAUUUGGUAAUACAACAAAGGUAGGCUCUUUAGCAAAAGUGACCAACAAGGCCAUGCUGCCUCCACUUUUAACAGCCCAGCACUUUUGGGGUCAAACUGUCUACCCCAGCCAUUCCUGGGAUUGCAAUCCCCAUUUUUGAUGCCAGUUGAAUUUUUGCUAUCAAAAUUCUCAUCAUAAAUGGAUCCAUGAUGACAACUAAGAGGAAAAAAAGUAUUUUUGUUAGAACAAACCAUCAUAGAUUUUUAUCAAUAUGUAUCUGUGUGUCCUUCACACCUUUUCCUAUUCUGACAUUUUUUUUCUUUUUUUAAAAAAAAUAUUGUGUACUAUAUUUUUAGCCUCAAACACACUAUAUAUUAUAUAUUUAAUUUUAUAUAUAUAAAUAUAAAUGUUUUAAAAAGUA